CAGGACUUUAAGGGCCAGUUCUGGUGCGAGCGCUUCUUUCAGGUCCUGGUCGUGCUCUUUGGCCUCGCUGGAUUCGCCGUCGGGUACAUGAAGCAGGACUUCCGCGUCACCUUCCAGUUCCUCUCGGCAGGCGGCGGUAUCUCCGCCGUCAUCUGCCUGCCCGACUGGCCGUGGUGGAAUCGAAACCCAGUCUCGUGG